GUGAUGGCUGGUGUGCGCGUGGAGGACAUGGGACACAAGAUGGGCCUCAAUGGCGUCGACAAUGCCAAGCUAUUCUUCGACAACGUGCGCGUGCCUCGCACCAACCUCCUCAACAGAUACUCCGACAUUACCGAGGACGGCCAGUUCCACUCUCAAAUCAAGAGCGCCCGCGGUCGCUUCCUGAGCGUGGCGGACCAGCUGCUAUCGGGCCGCAUCUGCAUCUCGAGCAUGGCGGUGGGCGGCAGCAAGGCCUGCCUCGCCAUCGCCGUCCGCUACGCCGCCACCAGGCUCACCGUCGGGGCGACCGGCCGCUCGGACACCGCGAUCCUGCAGUACCAGCUGCAGCAGCGCGCCCUCCUGCCGCUCCUCGCCCGCACCUACGCCAUCAACAUCGGCCUGGACUACGUCAAGCGGUGUUGGGCGGAGCAGCCUAGCGACGGCAGCGAGCACGCGUCCGUGGUCACCAAGUGCUGUGCCAUCAAACCUCUGGCGGCGUGGCACCUCGAGCGCACUGCCACCAUCUGCAGGGAGCGCAGCGGCGGCCAGGGCUUCCUCUCCUGCAACAGAUUUGGCACGUUCAUCGGGCUGGCCCACGCGGCCGUGACCGCUGAGGGCGACAGCUCGGUCCUCAUGCAGAAAGUGGCCAAGGAGCGACUGGCCGCGUUCAGACCGGUGGCCACGGACACGGGAUGCGGUCUGUUGGACCUCCUCGCGCAGCGCGAGAACAAACUCUUCUCG